UUCAACCUUCGCCGGAAGGAUUGCCGAAGAUCGGUCCGAGAAGGGCUUUGACGUAAGUCGGGAUGUCUGACGACUGCCCGCCCCCUGCUGACGAGGAAUGAGCCGAAAACUGCGAACAUGAACCGAAAACUGCGAGCAUGAGCCGGCUCCGAUCUCGACCCUGAUCCGCGAACAUGAACAAUCACUCGGAGCCCCUGCAGCUCAUGCAGGCCAAGUUCCCUUCGGACAACGUCUCCUGCUGUGUCAAGGCGAACUUAAUACAAGAAUUUAAAACUGUCCGCUAUCUUGUGAUUGUGUCGUGGGGCCACAACAGCGCUAUUUUCAUCCUGUCCUCCGGUGCCGUCCCUCCAACAUCGACUAAAGACUUAGUAAUCGAAUGGAUUUUACCGAUUGACGAACACUUCAGAUGUGAUAUCGAAUCGGACUUCAACCAGGAAGACACUUCUGACAUAUCCUUAAACAUUUGUUCAAACAAGCGAAACUUCAUUUUUGAACUCGGCCUGGGCGAAGCGUCAAACAUGUUUGUGGGCGAGAUUUACAAGGCGACUGAAAGAUUGAACCGGCAAAAUAGGUAUUUCGAUCAUGGCUGGCUCAAGAAAUACCACAGUACGUAUAAAAACAAGUCCAACGAUGAGGAGGGCAUCGCUGAUCCGACAUGUUUCUCACAGAUUAUGGACAGCCUGGACAUGUUACUUCCGAGAGAGAGCCUCGCUACUGGGAAGUGCAUGAUCCCAGACAGGGAUACAAUCAUACGGUACGAGAUGAAAAAAUUCGAAAGAGAAUACACUGAUUAUGUACCUUUAAGAGUUUUCGUCGGGACUUGGAACGUCAAUGGCCAGCCUGCUUCGGUCAGCCUUCAAGAGUGGCUUUCAUGUGAUGUCGACCCACCAGACAUCUAUGCAAUCGGCUUCCAGGAGCUUGACCUCUCCAAAGAAGCGUAUUUAUUUACUGACUCAAUACGAGAAGAGAAUUGGAGGCUUAUGGUCGAGAAAGGCCUCCACAAUGGAGCCCAGUACAAAGAAGUAAAAUUAGUUCGCUUAGUUGGAAUGAUGCUCAUUGUAUAUGUACAAGAACAAUAUGAUGUUAUGAACGUAGCUGUAGACAGAGUAGGGACAGGUAUUAUGGGGAAAAUGGGGAAUAAGGGUGGCGUCUCGGUCAGAAUGGAAAUUUACAAUACAUCUAUGUGCUUUGUAAAUUCACAUUUGGCAGCGCAUGUCGAAGAGUAUGAGCGGCGCAACCAGGACUACAAUGAGAUCUGCUCAAGGACCUCAUUUACAGCGUUCACACCGCCUAAAGCCAUUAAAGACCAUGAUCAGGUAUACUGGUUGGGCGACCUCAACUACAGGAUAACAGGUCUGGACGUAAAUGCCGUCAAAGAGUACAUCCUGAUGGAAAAGUACAAACCGAUUCUGGAAAAUGAUCAGUUGGUUAAACAACAUAGGCUGAAGAAAGUUUUCGUUGGAUACAAGGAAGGUCCGAUUAAUUUCAUGCCUACGUAUAAAUACGAUCCUGGGACAGACAAUUGGGAUUCAAGUGAGAAAAAUCGUGCUCCUGCUUGGUGCGAUCGGAUCCUUUGGAAGGGCGAUUCGAUCCAACAGUUGGAGUACAGGAGCCACCAGAUCUACCAGAUAAGCGACCACAAGCCGGUCAGUUCGGUAUUUAUUUCCAGGGUGAAAAGGAUUGACGAGAUCAAAUACAAUAUGAUCCGCGAUGAAAGGCUGAAGGUGCAGGACAAAAUCGAAAACGAGUUUCAACCUCAGGCCACUGUCGACAACACCGAGAUCAAAUUUAACACGAUCAACUUUAUGGAGCCUCAGUCAAAAGAGUUCACCAUCGCCAAUGUCGGAGUGGUGCCUGUUAAGUUUAAUUUUAAAAUAAAACUAGAUCACACAAACAUCUGUAAAGAAUGGUUAAGCAUAGAACCAUUUAUUGGAGACAUAAAUCCAGGCGAAAAAUGUGAUAUUAAAUUAGAAAUACUUGUAGACAAAAGAAGUGCUAGUAAAAUAAAUUCAGGGAAGGAAAAACUCGAAGAUAUCCUUGUGCUUCACUUUGACGGCGGGAAAGAUAUUUUUAUAACCGUAACUGGUGAAUAUCAUAGGAGCUGUUUUGGAUCUUCUUUAGAGACAUUGGCUAAUUUGGUCGUCCCGAUUAAUGAAGUCCCACCGGAAAAGUUGGCAGAAAUGGAAAAUAACCGAAUGGCCUACGGGCACGGUUUCAACUCCGAGCAUCAGAUCCCGAAGGAAAUUUGGUUUCUGAUCGACCACCUUCAUCGAUACGGGAUGAAACAACCGUUACUCUUUAUAAACGCAGGCUUGAAAUCAGAGUUCGAAGGGAUUCGGACCUGGCUUGACAACUGGUCAUUAGAACCACUCCCCGGUAGCGUGUACUCUGUCGCUGAAUCCCUGCUGCUGUUGCUAGAAUCGACAGCCGAGCCAGUUAUCCCGUACGAAUUGCACGCCAAAUGCCUCGACGCGUCCUCCAACUACACUCAGUGCAAACAGAUCGUUCAACAGUUGCCGGUGAUUAGCCAGAAGGUUUUCAUCUACAUUUGCUUAUUCCUUAGGGAACUCAUAUACCAUUCGGAUGACAACGGUUUGGACAUUAAAACAAUUUCUACACUUUUUGGCGGGAUUUUCCUGAGGGAUCUGGGUUUGAAGAACAGGGAUCAGAUGAGUAAAUCUUGGUUCUCCCAGCAGAGCGCCCAGGACAAGAAGAAGUCAACGUUCGUCUCGCACUUUUUGGUGAACGACGACCCAAACCUAUACCAGCUAGUCGCCGGUGUAUGAUCGCCGCGUGUAACCGUUCCUUUUGAAUUUCUCCGACCGAACCCUCACACCCUAGAUAAGAAGCCUUAUAAAUAUAAAACCGCUGUAUAUAUAUUUAUUAAUUGUUGUGUUAAGAGUUUUGAUUUUUAAAUUAUUUAUCUUAUUAUUUAGAAGUGUUAUAAAAAAAAGCUAGAACUAGAUACGGCCUAGAUAUAUUUUAUCAGUAUUCAAGAAUGAUUAACCUUAUAAUCGUAAUAAUCCCACCAAAGACAGUAUGAGCUGUACAGUACUUAAAUAUUAAUUUCUUUUUUUUGUUUUAAAAUGCUAAUGAAUUGAUCAAAAUUUUUCAAAUCGGCAGGUAUAGUAAACAUCAAAAUACCAUGUUUUGAGGUGGUACAAGUUAGUUUAAACAAAUAAAAUAAAAAUAACUGGUAAGAAAUGUGGAAAUAUAAGUACUUUUCUAUUAUUUA